UUCUAAAAAAACUCGUAGGCAUUUGACAGAAGGGAAUCAUAGGGACUCUUUUCCUCCAGAGACGCUGGAUGCCAAUCCAGCCGAUUCGAAGCCGGAGCCUCCGCAGAAUCCGCUGCCCUAUUACACCUACGUUUUUUGCAACGCCUUGAAGUCUCCAUGCUACGAAAUCGCCUACAUCUACCAGACCCUCUCUACCCUCGUUUGCAGCCUCGUUCUUAUCCAUUGCGAUAACCUCUACCUCUUCAUCGUCAUGGUCUGCACCUCGCAGCUGCGAAUUCUCAACGCCUCCCUCGAGACCGUCAUCCGUAGGGCCACCAGGAACUGUCCGAAACAACGGUGGAAGGAUUACGCUGGACUGAGAACCAAGCGGAACGACGUCGUCGAUAAGGAGUCCUUCAGACUUGGGGCCAACUGCGUAAAACAUCAUCAUGCUAUUCUGGAAGUCCUGGAUGAGCUGGAGGGAAUAUACAAUUUGGUUAUACUCAUACAAUUUCUCUCACAUCUGGUACAGUUGUGUUUCCAAAUGUUCAUCGUUUCCGAGAUUUCUCUGCUGAGCUUCGACGGUCUUAGCAUGCUUGCUUUCGUCGUUGCGAUGGUGAUCGAAGUCUACGUUUAUUGCCAGUGCGGAAAUGAGAUCGAAAUAGAGAGUUCCAAGAUUUCCCAGUCAGCCUACAACGCCCAGUGGACCUCGAGCUCGGAACCCGUAAAGAGAAUGCUGCUGAUCAUCAUGCUGCGCGCUCAGCGGCCCGUUGAAUUCACAGUCGGAAAGUUCGUGAAGCUUUCACUUAGGACCUUGGUAUCGGUUGUCCAAGGCUCGUUCUCAUACUUCAUGGUACUACGAAAAAUGCAGUAAUAGCCAUUCGCCAACGCAGCUAUUAUGCCUAAUGUACAAUUGUACGGCUUAAUUAAACGCUUCGUAUAAUUGAUCUUUCGUAAUUUUGACACACCGGUUGUUUGUUUUCAUUCAAAACGAACCUUCGCAACUUAAUGAAUGGCAAUUUAACUUAUAGAGUAAGCUGAUAUUACUGAUCGUCGCUAGCGAAUCCUAAUACAACGUGAUUGCGACCGAAUUAUUAGAUCGAGGAAUCACAGCAGGUGACUAAUAGAUCCUUGGGUCUA